CGCGCAGACCAUGACGUUAGUAGUGAGAUGCGCCUUUGCUAACUGUAAUGGGAGCUGGCGAUUUUUUCAAAAUUUUUAUAGUUUAAUCUGUGAAUGGCGCCAAAACAGGACCCGAAACCUAAAUUUCAAGAAGGUGAAAGAGUGCUGUGUUUUCAUGGGCCAUUGCUCUACGAAGCUAAGUGUGUUAAAACAAACAUCAAGGACAAACAAAUCAAAUACUUCAUUCAUUACAGUGGCUGGAACAAAAACUGGGACGAAUGGGUUCCUGAAAGCCGAGUGCUGAAGUAUGUGGACAGUAAUCUUCAAAAACAAAAAGAGCUUCAGAGGGCUAAUCAAGACCAUUAUGUAGAAGGAAGAAUGAGGGGUGCUGUGCCGAAUAAGAAAAUACCUGCUGCAUCGCAGAAAAAUGAUGUAAAAACCAAAAAGAACAAACAGAAAACUCCUGGAGCAGGAGAGGGGACGAGUUCAGGAGGAGAUCCAACGCAUCCUCCACGAAAGAAGAGGGCGCGUGUUGACCCCACUGUGGAGAGCGAGGAAACUUUUAUUAAUCGAGUGGAGGUGAAAGUAAAAAUCCCAGAGGAGCUGAAACCCUGGCUUGUUGAUGACUGGGACCUCAUCACGCGACAAAAACAACUUGUCCAUCUACCAGCCAAAAAGAAUGUUGAUGGCGUUCUGGAAGAUUAUGCAAACUACAAGAAAUCAAGAGGAAACUCCGACAGCAAGGAAUUUGCUGUAAAUGAAGUGGUGGCGGGUAUCCGGGAAUAUUUCAAUGUUAUGCUGGGAACGCAGCUUCUCUACAAAUUUGAAAGACCUCAGUAUGCAGACAUCCUGGCCAAUCACCCUGACACUCCCAUGUCUCAGAUCUACGGCGCUUCUCACCUGCUCAGACUCUUUGUGAGAAUUGGAGCCAUGCUAGCCUACACUCCACUGGAUGAGAAGAGCCUUUCUCUGCUGCUCAGUUAUCUACAGGACUUUCUGAAGUAUCUGGUGAAGAACUCUGCUUCACUCUUUAAUGCCAGCGAUUAUGAAGUUGCCCCUCCUGAGUAUCACAGAAAGGCCGUGUAGAGUUUUUUUGUUUUUUUUUCUCGGAUCCCCAGCCUUCAUCCGUUGAACUUUGGAAAUCUCAUUUUCAAACACUGCGGUUCACCAAAAACAGAAUUUGGGACAGAUUGGACCUUUUUGGUUAUCGGGAAGAAUCCGAGCAAGAUGUUAAAAUGAGUCCUAGAACUCAUUUUCCCCCCUCUUUUUAUUUCUAGUUUUCUUUUUGAAUGCAGCACAUUUCAGUUUUUCCUGACAAACAUUUCUGUUCAAUGUUAUCUUCUCCAAGAGUCCUUUCAUCAUGUUGCUCUUGAAAGCGUCAUUAUUUUGUAAUAAAAAGGUUUUUCUUUUUUGUUG